AUGGGUUUUUUUCUUAGAGUGUUUGUUUACGGCAGCAAAAUACCAAGUUAUUCUAAAGAAUUGGAAACCGAAUUGAGGACAAGCCUCUUUACAGGCUAUGAACCUUUACAGAGGCCAGCUGAGAAGGUCAGGGUGACAGUUGGUCUGAACCUGGUGACAAUAAACUCACUGGACAUAAAAGACCAGGUGUUAUCAACAUCAGGAUUUUUCUCAACGAAAUGGGUUGACGAUACGCUUGACUGGAGCUCAAACUUAAAUUAUUCAAGCAUAAGCUUUCUUUUCUCUAACGAAGAAAACAUGUGGCGACCAGCGCUAGCAAUAGAAAAUAGUCCCUUUCAGUUGUCUGUAGAAUGCAUGUUUUCUUGUGACCUUAGUGUUAACGAACUAGAGAUACUCAGCAACGAGAACUGGCUGAUACGAAUAAGUUCGGGUGGCUACGCAUACUGGACACCAGGUGGAAUAUUUGAAACCAACUGUGAUGUUGACAUUACAUACUACCCGCUAGAUACACAGACAUGCAGCAUCGUGCUGACAACUUGGGCAUACACUUCAAGUGAGAUUUCGUUAGAAUUUACAUCUGAUCCAAUCACAACCGACAACUUUAGCCCCAAUGGUGAAUGGGAUUUGAUCGAAACAACAACAUCAUCUGAAACAGCUUCCAAAUCGAAAUAUGAUGCAUAUAGCUACGAUAGAUUGUAUUUCACGUUAAAAAUGAAGAGACGUCCAUUGUUUCAUAUUUUGAACACAAUAUUUCCUGUGCUACUGAUGGCAUCACUGAUUGUGUUUGUGUUCAAACUGCCACCAGAAUCAGGGGAACGAGUAGGCAUGUCGUUGACAGUUCUUCUCGCAUAUGCUGUUUAUUUGACGCUGAUUGCCGAUAACAUUCCCAAAACUUCUUUGAGUACCAGCAUACUGUCCACAUAUCUUACAAUUAUUCUGAUGCUGAGUACAUUAUCUGUUGUAUUCACCAUUGUGGUGCUGGACAUUUAUUUCAACCAUGAUGAUGACGAGGAACCAUCCGGUUGGGUGCAAACAUUGACUAGAGUAUUUCUCGUGAAAAUGGCUAUGUGGAAAGGUGAAAAGUGUUGUAGAAGGCAAAAGGUCAAUCCUAAGGAAAGAUCUACAUUGACGGCCUCCACCAUUAAACUCCCUUUAGAUGACAAGACACGUGAAACUAAUGCAAGGACACGCUUUAGAGGUACACAUAUGGAGUUGGUUGACGUAGAUCAGCCUGAACCGGAUCAUCAGGAUGAGGACGAUGUUAAACUGUAUUCGUGGAAAGAAGUUGCUCUCAUACUGGACAGAUGUUUCAUGUAUUUAUUCAUGUUUCUUGUUCUUGUCACAACUGUUGUGUGUUUAGGAAUACUUGCUUCAAAAUAAGUUUGUUUCGUUUAAAAUAAUUGUUGUUUGUUAAUUAUUUCCUGCCUCACAGCAAAAAGAUUUGAUUUUGAAAAACUACACAGUUGUCUUUUGUGUACGAUUACUUCCUUUUUAACAGGGCGUUGUUAUAUAAAAAAUGAUUAUUGUUUAUUGUUUGUUUAGGAGUACCUCCUGAUUGUGUUAAUAACAAAACCAUCGUUUGUUAUUGUAUUUUGAUGUGUUUCAAUGUAUUAAACUUAACUGCAUUCUUGGAGAAUUGAAUUGAAUCUAUGUAUGUAGAAACUAAACGGGAAUAGAAAUUGGUCGCAUGUAUAAAUUUUGCUUACGCUUAUGAA